AAAGACAACGUGGCAACGCGACAGUGUUUGCUGUGUUUGGAGUUUUUAUCCUCGUGUUGUUCUCGCUUUGGUUCUUAUACAUUUCCGUCGUCGCAAUGUCGAUAUAAAGAGAAAAGUGAAAGACUGAAUUUCACAUUAGAAACUGUCGUUUCGGCAUUUAAUUUCUUUUUUAAUUGGCUGUGACGGCAGCGAAAGGUUAUGUACCCGCAAUGAUCGCGUCGUCAGUAACGACUUGACGUCGAUUAGCGUGAGUGUCACUCGCUCGUUCACCGUCGCUUCUCUGAGAAUUUGAUCGUCGUCGAUGCGAUCCCACGUUGCGCGCGUCCAUUCGUCCACGAUAUGCGGUGACAAGUGAAGAUUCUAACCUAAUCGGUGAUUAACCUUGAAAGUCACUCAGCGGUGCGUGAACGUGGCACGAGCGUGAAUAUUCGUUGCUGACUCACUCGUAUGGAUGUUAAUAUGAGGAGGAAACUUGACAAGGAGGAUCGCUCUACGGAGGAUGGCAUCGUCGAUUCGAGUAGCAGUCAAGAACCCUCUGAUUUACGAGGGGAUGAGAAGAAUAUUGCGAUUUUAUUCUUCUUGUACCUGCUGCAGGGUAUCCCAUUGGGAUUAUGCGGCUCCAUCCCCAUGCUGUUGCAGAACAGAGGGGUUUCCUAUCGACAACAGGCAGAAUUUAGUUUUGUACAAUGGCCGUUUUCGUUGAAACUCUUUUGGGCGCCCUUGGUAGACUCCAUUUUUUCCCAAAAGUUUGGAAGGAGAAAAACUUGGUUGAUUCCUACUCAAUAUUUGAUGGGUUUAUUCAUGCUUCUUUUGUCAAAUUACGUAGAUCAUUGGUUGGGAAAGGAACAUGAAAAGCCCAAUAUUGAAAUGUUGACUGCAUUAUUUUUCUCCUUAAACGUACUCGCCGCGACUCAGGAUAUUGUAGUAGAUGGAUGGGCACUUACAAUGCUUAAAAGGUGCAACGUUGGCUAUGCGUCUACCUGCAAUAGCGUCGGUCAAACGGCGGGCUAUUUUAUUGGCUAUGUUUUAUUUAUUUCACUGGAGUCCGCUGAAUUUUGCAACAGUUACUUGAGGUCAAUCCCUUCUGAUGAAGGCAUACUAACUUUACCCGGAUUUUUGUAUUUUUGGGGUUGGACGUUUAUUGUUACAACAACGUUUAUUGCGUUGUUCAAACAUGAAGAUAAAGGCAGAAUUUCAAAGGGCGAAGAGCUAAAUAUGGAUAUUAAGCAUGCAUACAAACUGCUAUGGGACAUAGUUAAAUUACCAGCCAUAAAGACCACGAUUAUAUUUCUCUUAACUGCAAAGAUCGGAUUUUCUGCAUGCGAUGCGGUAACCAGUUUAAAACUUAUAGAAGCCGGUUUUCCCAAAGAGAAAUUUGCUUUUAUGGCCGUACCCAUGAUACCGUUACAAAUAAUUUUACCAUUAAUAAUCUCGAAAUAUACCGCUGGACCCAGACCUAUGGAUGUUUAUAUGAAAGCUAUGCCCUAUAGGUUGGCUUUUGGCUUAAUAGCGGCGUUUUUGGUGUGGGUUACACCGUUCAUUGUAAUUAAUGGAUACGUUCCAGUUUAUUAUUUUGUGGUAUUGAUAGGUUUAUACUUUAUACAUCAGAUUUCUGCAAGUAGUAUGUUUGUGGCAUCGAUGGCUUUCUUCGCAAAAGUGAGUGAUCCGGCAGUUGGCGGAACAUACAUGACAUUACUGAAUACUUUAUGCAAUCUUGGUGGAAAUUGGCCUGCCACGGCUGCACUUUGGUUUGUCGAUCCCUUAACAUUUAGACAAUGCAGUACCGAUUAUGCAAAUGACUGUAGCACAAUUACGGAGAGAGAGCUCUGUGCAAAUACCAAUAAUGGUGUUUGUGUUAUGCAACUCGAUGGUUACUACAUAGAGAGCAUUCUCUGCUUAAUCAUAGGUUUCUCUUGGCUUAGAUGGGGUCGUAGAAAAAUUAAUAUAUUACAAGCGAAACCGAUGUCCGCUUGGAAAAUUGUACUUACCCGUAACAACAGAUAUUUCAUAGAAGUUUUGUAAAACAGAAGACAUAUGCGACGCGUGUUCGCAGUUUCUCUAUUGUAAAUAUAUCUAAAAGUAUUUUAUGCAUAAUGAACGCAUGACGAAAUACAUAUAACG